GUCUCAAGGUUCCAGGGUCCGCAGCCCACUGAGGCAACCACGAACCCACCUGGGCCCGUGGCGCGAGCGCUGACGGCCCCGCCCCCUCGGACUUGCUCCACCAAAGUCCAUUGGUCGGCGGCCUGUCCGCCCCGCCCACGUGACGCGACACGUGACGCGACCCGGAAGUGGCGGGCCGCGGGCCGGGCUGCGGGCGGGACUCCCGGAGUCGCCGGUGUUGGCGGCGGCGGCGACAUGUUCACGGCGGGGGCCGAGAGUCUGCUCCACCAGGCCAGCCUCUCCCUCAAGAUGCAACAUGGCCACGCCCACGUUCUUGCGAGACGACACUAAGAACAGACACCCACUCAGAACUUCAGUGGGUUUACUUCUCCCAACUCCCCUCUGCUCCUGGUCAUAAAUUUCGUGGAAUGAAAGGCAGGAUGACUAGCCCUCACCAUCUAAAUAUUUCUCUCGCGCUGACUUGGACGGGUGAGUGUGGGUGGUCUGAAGGUAGAGUGCGGUUUGAUAUCCAAAAGUGAAAUACACGUGUGAUGCAAUUCCUCUGUCUGAGCGUUUGAGGAAAGCUAGUCCCUAUCAGGUGUCACUGGUUUUCACUCUGUUUGGCUCUAAUGAAGCCUGUGAUUUGGGGGAGCACUUUAAGUUGCCGAUGUCCGGGAGUUAGGAUUUGGAGUGAGUUUUUGUUUCUGAAUUCUUCAGAGCUGGAAAGCAAGGGUGGAAAAAGCGGCCAGGAGCAUCGCUUGUGAGCUGAAGACUGAGUGAAGGACAGGGGCUCUGAGAACGGGUGCGCAGAGUGCAGCAAGUCAGGGGGCGGUUCCAGAAGCUCCAGCCAACUGGAGGCUCUCCAUGAGGAGAUAACCAGCAAGGGAUAAAGUCAGGGGUAUUUCAGGCAGAAGGUCCAAUGCCGGGGCGGGGGCAAGAGCAGGGGAAACAGAACUGUGGGAUUCUUAGACCAACUAAGGAAGGCCAGGGACCCUCUACUCAUUGUUAGGGUCGGUAGGAGCUUGGCUCUGAUGGCCCUGGGGAGCCACUGAGGGGUUGGAGCAGACUGGGUUUUAGAAAGCAUCCUGCAACAUGGGGAACAUGCUGGAAAGGAUUCAUUUGGGAGGAGGAGCCUCCCAUGUUAUUUUGAGACGGUCUGGUAGCUUCGGUCCCAUUAACCUGGUUAGAAACGACCUGGCCCGGCCUCUUGUCUUUCUGUGCCCUCCCCCCACAGCGCCAGUUACGUGGUAAGUCACCGAAUCCGACUCUGGCUACGUCAAAGGGAAACAAAAAUGAAAAUGGGCCGGGAGGGGAGAGGGAGACCUGAAGUGGUGGCAGAUUCAUGGAGAUUUAUCCGCCAGCCUCCAAGUAAGAACAGGAAAGACGAGAUGCAGCCCCAGGACCCCAGGACCCCAGCUCCCGAUGUCUGCUUAACCUUCUCAUCAGCCCGAGUCUGGAGAUGCCCCAUCUGUAGUGGUUCAAAUUUCCAGACUCUCCCGAGUUCGAGCAUCUCAUGGGUCCAGCGGGGAUUCGGUGGCCUUUAGUCAUGGCUCGGGGAAAGAUGGGGGCCUUCUCCGAGACACCCCCCCCACCAGCCACCCCGGAGGUCCCUAGGACCGCGUCUCCUUGGCAUGUUAUCUUCUCUUAGCUUCUGGACUGAAACAGAACUUAAAACCGGCUUUCCGUUUUGAGACUUUGUUCAAUGUCUUACCAGUUGUCAACGCUCAACAGAUAUUAUUUUUAACCAGGCAGAUUAAACCCUGGAAUAAGGAGCUGUAUGUAGUAGUCAUACCUUACGUGUCACUACACUUGUCCUUUACUACAUGAGAUUCUGCUCUUGUCCCAGAAGGUCAAGGCUCGUUGAGCGGAUCUUUUGAAAAGCAACUUACUUCAAACUAAACCUCCCUUAAUACGGACUCCUAAAACCAAUCGGUUUUAGUUCUUCCGCUCCUGGGACAACCAAAUCCGAAUGCGUGUGGUCUCUAUCGGGGCUUGCUGUCGGGAGUGGUGGUCUCCCCACGGCCCUGCCCGCCAGGGGAGGGGGGAGGGGACCCGGUGAUGGCUGGGCCCCAGGGAGGGAGGGAGGAACCAGGCCGGGUAAUCAGGUGGGUCCCCACGAGAGGCAGAGGUGCCACGGUUUGGUAGAAUCGCUCUCCCGCCCACACCCGGCCUACCCUGCUCGAUGGGCGUUUCCUCCCGUGCGAGAGCUGCUCUGUCCAUGGCUCAGGGCAGCACACCAGGUGGCUGACCUCGCUCUCUGCUCAGGGACAUCCGGGACGAGGAGCUGAAGAAGUUCUGUUCCCGGGUCGUUAACCUGCUGCAGAAGGACGAGCUGGGGCCCGACGCCGUGGACGCCCUGCAGAGGCUCUUCCUCAUCGUGUCAGCCACAAAAUACAAGAGGAAGCUGGAGGACACCUGCGUGCACCUGCUGCAGGCCACCCUGUGCUCGCCCAAGUGCCCCGAGCAGCUCCAGCUCCUGUGCGCUUCCAUCCUGAGAGAGAUGUCGCCCCGCGACGACCUGAGCCUGUCCUGUGACCACAUUCAGAGCGCCCGGCAGUUGAGUCUGGUGGCCUCUGUGCUCUUGGCCCAGGGUGACCUGAAGGGGGAGGUCAGGAGCGUGGGCCAGCGUGUCUUCAGGAUCCUCGAGAGCCGGCAGCCCGAGGGGCCCAGUCCCAGGCACCUGCUCCCAGUCGUGUCCAAGAUCACCCACCUCGCCCCGCACACCCUCCACGAAGACCAGACCAACCAGCUCAGCAAGCGGCUGGUGGACUGGCUCCGCUACGCCAGCGUCCAGCAAGGGGUGGCGCACACUUCCGGAGGCUUCUUCUCCACACCCAGAGCCCGGCAGCCUGGCCCUGUCACCGAGGUGGAUGGGGCGGUGGCCACGGAUUUCUUCACGGUGCUGUCCACGGGCCAGCACUUCACAGAGGACCAGUGGCUGAACGUGCAGGCCUUCUCCAUGCUGCGGGCCUGGCUGCUGCACAGCGACCCCGAGGGCCCCAGCGCCCCGGACGCAGACGACAGGUCGGAGCUGGAGGGCUCCACGCUGUCCGUGCUGUCGGCCGGCUCCACCGCCGGCCGCCUGCUGCCCCCGCGGGAGUGGCUGCGGGAGAAAGCCUUCGAGUACUGUCAGCGCCUGGCGGAGCAGAGCACCCGCCGAGCCCUGAGGAAGGGGGACUCGGACCUGCAGAAAGCUUGCCUGGUGGAGGCCGUGCUGGUGCUAGACGUGCUCUGCAGGCAGGACCCCUCCUUCCUGUACCGCACCCUGUCCUGCCUGAAGGCCCUGCACGCGCGCCUCUGCGGGGACCCGGCCCGGGUGCGGACGCUGCUGCCCAUCGCGCAGUUCUUCCUGAACCACGGGGAGGCGGCCGCGGUGGACUCGGAAGCCAUCCUCCGGCACCUGCUCACCAGGACCCCCUCCGAGUUCUUCCACAGCCCCAUGCUGGCCUUCGAGCUCACGUGCUUCUGCAGAGACAACCUUCCCCUGUUUGGCAGGAACCUGGACAUUCUCAAACGGAGCUUCCCCAACCUCUUCAAGCUCCUGGCCUGGAACAGCCCGCCGCUCACGGCCGAGUUUGUGGCUCUGCUGCCGUCGCUGGUGGACGCGGACACAGCCGUGGAGGUGCUUCAUGCGCUGCUGGACCUGCCCUGUCUGACUGCGGCCUUGGACCUUCAGCUCAGGUUGUCGCCAGCCACAUCCGAGAGGCCGCUGUGGGACCCCUCCCUCAAGAUCCCCAGCUGCCUGGAGGCCUCCCGGGACCCCCAGUUCCAGGGUCUUCUCCAGUACCUGUUGCGUGCCACGGCCAGCGGGACCACGGAGAGGUUGGGGCCACUCCACCGGCUGCUGCAGCCCCUGGCCAGCUGCGCCCGUGUGGUCCAGUGCGCCCGGGCCGUGCCCACCUUGCUUGAGGCCUUUUUCUCAGCGGUGACCCAGUUUGCCGACGGGGCCCUGACCAAACAGCUGGCGCUGCUGCUCCUGGAGAGAAGCGACUCCCUCUUUCAGGUGCCGCAGUACGAGGCCCACGUGCACAGGGUGCUGAGCUCGCGGUUCCUGGCCCUGUGCGCGCUGCACCCGUCACUGGUGGUGGAGCUGGCGAAGGAGCUGCUGGAGUUCGUGGGGAGCGUGAGCGGGAUCCAGGGCCGAGGGGCCAUGCUCGCCUCCGUGGUGUGGGCCAUCGGCGAGUAUCUGUCCGUAUCGUGGGACCGGCGGUGCACCGUGGAGCAGAUCAACAGGUUCUUCGAGGCCCUGGAGGCCGUGCUGUUCGAGGUCACCCAGUCCCGCCCGUCGGCCGCCCUCCCCAGGUGUCCCCCGCAGGUCGUCACCGUGCUCAUGACCACGCUGACCAAGCUGGCCUCCCGGAGCCAAGACCUGAUUCCCAGGGUCUCUCUGUUCCUGUCGAAGAUGAGGACCCCAGCCCCGAGCUCCACGAGCUGCGAGGAGGACGCGGGAGCCGUGCGCACGCGGGCCGCUGAGCUGCUGACCCUGCUGAAGAUGCCCAGUGUGGCCCAGUUCGUGCUCACGCCCAGCACGGAGGUGUCCGAGCCCCGCUACCACCGCGACGCCAACACGGCCCUGCCCCUGGCCCUGCGCACCGUCAGCCGCCUGGUGGAGAAGGAGACGGGCCUCCUGCCGGGGUGAAAGGACGGUGACGAAGAGCCCGGCGUGAGGGCCGGGCCUCGGCUUCCGUGAUCAGAGGGGACGUGAGGAGGCCUGGGUGGGUCUGGGUCCCUCAGUGCCUGCCAGGACCGUCACGUCCUCAGCCGGUGGCUCUUUGUGUGUCUCUCCAACCCUGGUGGGCCGUGUGGUAACACAGGUAUGAUUUGGGGCUGGAUGGCAUCUGCUUGGUCUGUUUCGGGCUGUUCCUGGUUUCGGGCAAGAAAAGGUACAGCAAAAAUAAACCUCUUUCUGCAAGUA